AAGGAGGCGGGUCCAUUACUUCCUUUCUUCCGCGCGCGAAAUCAGUUCGGUGCAGGAAGCUUGGAAAAGUGCUCGACUUUGGAAAUCAUCAAUUGUCGCAAUCUGAAAACAUCUACAUUAAAAUGGCAGAUCCGAAGGACACACAGGAGGAGCAUGAUGCCUCUACAGAAAAUGCAGAAGACUCAAACCAUGACCCCCAUUUUGAGCCCAUUGUGUCACUUCCAGUACAAGAUGUGAAGACGCUUGAGGAGGAUGAGGAAGAAAUUUUUAAAAUGCGAGCAAAGCUCUACCGUUUUGCUAGUGAAAAUGACCCACCAGAAUGGAAGGAGCGUGGUACGGGUGACGUGAAACUUUUGCGACACAAAGAUAAGGGUUCCGUUCGUCUAUUGAUGAGGAGAGACCGCACUCUCAAGAUCUGUGCCAACCACAACAUUAUGCCUUUGAUGGAGCUGAAACCCAAUGCUGGCAGUGACAGGGCCUGGGUGUGGAACACACAUGCUGACUUUGCAGAUGAGGAACCCAAACCAGAACUCCUAGCACUUAGAUUCCUAAAUGCAGAAAAUGCCCAGAAGUUCAAGGCAAAGUUUGAUGAGUGCAAAGAAGAAGUUAGAAAAUUUCUAGAAAAAGAAGAGAAAUCUGCUGGUGACAGUGAUGGUGCAGAUAAAGUGGCUGACAAACUGGAGGAACUCUCAGUAAAAGAGAACAAAGAUGACGCCAAGACAUCGGAUGGGCAGAAAGAUGAAGUGAAGGCCGAGGAGGAGAAGAAAUGAGAUCCGGACGGCGGCUUCACUCAGAUCUUCAACUUGUCAUUUUCCCCCUUUUUUCUACAAUAGACUCUGAAACUGAAUUUGGACACUUGCUUCUUUGUUUGACUUGUUUUUGUUUUGUUUAUUUUAUUUGUUUGCCUUCUGAGAUCACAAGACCUUGGUGCCACACUUCAACAAUUUUGUCCAUUCCUCAAUCAAGAUGUUAAGUGCUUAUCUUGCCCUCCUCACCUGCCCUGUUUUCUUCAUGGUGAAAAUAAAUUGGAUCCGCUCUGGCCAUCUGUAACUCAAAAGUAUCGACAAGACAUGCUGUGAAAAGAGGCUUGUGGUAUUGAUUGAUUCCCACAUUGGGUAAUUUUUACUUAGUUUUUCUUUUUCUUUCUUUUUUUAUAGACAUUCUAAAGUAACUGUGAGUGCUGUUAAGAUCGGGUGUAAGUGGUCUGGGUGGGUUUGAGGCAUGACGAAUGAGCUUUUUCAAAUGUGGACUUGGAUAUUGGAUGCAAGAUAUUAAACAGAUGAAAAUCUAGCAGUCCCAAGAGGUUUUCUUGGGGGUUAUUAUAUUUUUCCCCUGCCAAGGGAUGGAAGACUAGAACUACAAUACAAUUUUGCCCUCAAAUCACAUCAGUGGAACAUGGGCAGACAACCCAAAUAUUUUUGCUUUUCUAUGAGAGGCAGAUGUAUUUAAUAACAGUUCACGUAUGUUUUGAUGAUUAAUGCAAAGGCUCAAACUUGAACUUCAGUAGAAAGUGACAACUAGUAAUGCUUUUUGGGGCAGAAAGCACAUAAACAAUUUUUGUCGGCACUUCAGAUCUUAGAUUGUUUUGGCAUUCCAGUUGCAUCUGUAAAUAAGUGUACAUGGAUGAAAGACUUGCUUUUGAUCUGUGCUUGUAUGGAUAUGGUUCCUCAAUUUUAAACAACCAAUGAAGAUGUCCUGUCUCUUUCCAUUCCAUUUGGGGGAGGGGGGGAAAUAAAUGACACUAUUUUGAAAAUCA